AUGGCUGAGACGGAACUAAGUAAGUUACUACCUUCGCUGAACUCGGCCAAGUCCAGGAGGAUUGGUAAAUAUUGGAUAUUUAUCUCUUUGAUAGCUAUUGUGAUUGGUGCUAUCCAUAUUUUUGACCAACUGCUAGGUUUAGACAAUAGGUCGGCGGUUAAAAAAAAUGUGAUAUUUUUUAUUUCCGAUGGUAUGGGCCCUGGUUCACUUUCCUUGGCGAGGUCAUAUAUGCAGAAUAAGGAAGGUAGGAAUUUUGAUGAGGUCUUAAAUUUGGACUAUCAUUUAGUUGGCAGUUCCAGAACCAGGUCUUCUUCUUCUCUUAUUACGGAUUCUGCAGCUGGCGCGACAGCGUUUUCUUGCGGAAUGAAGACGUACAAUGGAGCUAUUGGAGUAGACAGCAACGCGGAAGCAUGUGGUACGAUCCUUGAGACUGCAAAGCUAGCAGGUUUUAUGACUGGGUUGGUUGUUAGGUCGAAGAUAACGGAUGCGACGCCGGCGGCUUUUUCCGCUCAUGUGGAAUCCCGCAGCCACGAGGAUGUAAUUGCUACACACCAGAUCGGCGACUACUCUCUUGGACGUAUGGUGGACUUGAUGAUAGGAGGCGGCAGAGCUAAUUUCUACUGCGCUGCGGAUACAACAUAUGGGAACCAUGGCAUAAGAAAAGAUAAUCGUAAUUUGAUAGAUGAAGCGCUUGCGGACGGUUGGCAAUACGUGGGCGAUUAUGCAGAGUUCAAACAUUUGGGUAAUGGGAGGAAUAUCUCUUUCCCAUUGCUUGCUUUAUUAUCUGAUUUCGAUAUGCCCUUUGUUCUUGAUCAGGGAUACGAACUGCCCACUCUUGAGGAGCAAGCAAUCUUCGCAAUGAACGCACUAAGCGAGGCAACAAAAGACUCUGACCGGGGGUUCUUCCUCAUGAUAGAAGGUUCAAGAAUUGACCAUGCUUCGCAUGCUAAUGAUCCUGCCGCUCAUGUCGAAGAGGUGCUCGAUUUCGAUAGCGCUUUUCAAGCUGCUGUUAACUUCGCUGACCGUACUUCAGUAGAGACGCUCAUCAUUUCGACGUCAGAUCACGAGACAGGUGGUUUGGCGAUUGGAAGGCAAAUCGGUGAUGACUAUCCGGAGUACGUUUGGAAACCUGAGGUCUUGGCACGCGUAAGACAUUCUACGCAAUAUCUAACGCAAAAAUUAACAACGCGAUUUUCAAAUGAGACCGACGUUGAUGUGAUGAAAAGCUACGUAAAAGAGGAAAUCUUCGAAAAGGGUUUAGGAAUAAAGGACUAUGACGAUGCAGAGGUAGAGGCGAUUAUAAAUGAGAAUGAUGCUAUGGUUGUGUUUGCAAGGUUGUCUGAUAUGUUGUCUAGGAGAGCUUUAAUUGGAUGGUCGACUUCGGGGCAUACUGCUGUGGAUGUUAAUGUUUACGCAUAUUCAAAUAAAGUAUCCUCAUGGAUGAGAGUCAAACAAUACCUAAUGGGAAAUCAGGAAAAUACCGGUAUUGGUGGUUACGUUGCAAACUACCUAGGACUUGACUUACAGAAAACUACAAACCUUCUAGCAUAUCGCACCCCACCAGAGUCAUAG